AUGACAUCGGCUUCUUCAAUGAACCAUGACAUAAUAAGAAAAUCAAUAAGCAAACAGCCGAAACAAAGAACUGAUAAUGGAGACAUACUAGGAUUUACAACACAGCAUCCAACUCAAGAAAUUCAAUCACCUACAAACACACACAAACCUUUCAUUCCAUCAUCUCCACCUACACUUUCAUCACUUUCCGAUGUUAACCGUCGGAUAGAUAAAAGACGAAUUGCAACGGCAAUUGGGUUGAAGCAUUCAUUAUGGCUUUAUACAGCUUUGAGUGUCGCUUUAGCAUUAUGCUGUUUCGCAACACAAACGAAUGCAAGCGAGAACGACAUUCAUCUACUUCCUUUCUUUGCCGAAGGAAAGUCAGACAAGGAGAUUCUAGAUCAGCUAUUAAAUAAUUCCAGAUACGAUAAACGUCUUUUGCCACCUAUUAAUGGAACUUUAACUGUAAACGUUAGCGUAUUAUUAUUAAGUUUAGCAUCACCAGAUGAAUCUAGUUUAAAAUAUGAAGUGGAAUUUCUUCUACAACAGCAAUGGUAUGAUCCGAGACUGAGAUAUGCGAAUCAAUCGUCAUAUGAAUUUCUCAAUGCCAUUCAUCAUUACGACAAGAUGUGGCUAACCGACACGUACUUUAUCAUGCAUGGUGAUUUCAAAGAUAAUCCAAUCAUACCGAUGCACUUUGCCUUAAGGAUAUUUCGUAAUGGAACAAUCAAUUAUUUGAUGAGAAGACAUUUGAUUCUCUCGUGUCAAGGACGCUUGAACAUCUUUCCGUUCGAUGAUCCGCUUUGUUCCUUCUUGAUGGAAAGCAUAUCGUAUGAGGAACAUGCAAUCACCUAUGUGUGGGGAAACGACGAAGGUACGCUAAGGAAAAGUCCUUCAUUAACCACUUUGAACGCUUAUCUAAUCAAAAAUGCAACUGAUUUUUGUGAUAAAAAAGGAUAUUGGAGAGGGAAUUAUUCAUGUUUAAAAGUAGAAUUGACAUUCACGAGGGAUCGAGCUUUCUAUUUUACGACAGUUUUUAUACCCGGAAUUAUCCUUGUAACAUCUUCGUUCAUAACGUUUUGGCUUGAAUGGAACGCUGUACCCGCAAGAGUCAUGAUUGGCGUUACAACAAUGCUUAACUUUUUCACAACAUCGAACGGCUUCCGAAGUACUUUACCAGUGGUUUCCAAUCUGACAGCUAUGAAUGUGUGGGACGGUGUGUGUAUGUGCUUCAUUUAUGCAUCUCUUUUGGAAUUCGUUUGUGUCAAUUACGUGGGAAGGAAGCGACCAAUGCACAAUGUUGUUUAUCGUCCUGGCGAAAAUCCCGUCACUCAGCGUCUUCCAGCGGUUCUCAGUCGAUUUGGAAUGAUAUUGGCGAGUCCUUUGCAAACCAUAGAAAAUGAAUUUAAUGUCGCAAUAUGUGCUGAAAAAAGUGGCGGAUCACAUGCUACAACACGCCCAUCAACAUCUACAGCAGCACUUUCAGCAGACACAGCAACAACAAGUACUGCAACUCUUGGUAGUAGCGUCAAAUCGACGCCGACAGAGAAAAUUGACUGUCUCGAAACGGAGCUCCCAAUGAAGCCGAUUCGAAAUAGAUCGAAAUCAAAUCCACCGGUUGAAACGACAAUCGAUAACUUGGAUGAUGAAAACGAUGGUGAAAAGCGUCGAGAACCGAGUGGUCCCAAUGAAAUUGUAGCUUGUACGAGCUGUGGUAGUGAUGGAAGUCCUUGUACUCACUCCGCAACCAAUAAUGGAUGUGCCACUGAGACUUGCUUUGUUCAGAUGAGGAAGAAAGAGCCGCCGCAUCCUAUACGUGUUGCUAAAACCAUCGAUGUCAUAGCAAGAAUAACUUUUCCUGUUGCCUACGCUCUGUUUUUGGUGAUUUUCUUUGCACAUAAAAAAUUUUUUGCCAGUGAUUCCGAAUGAUAUUAUCAAAUGUGUCAUUUCACAGUUUGUUACUCUGUUUAUAUAUCGAAGAAGAAAAGCGAGAAGAGAUACUUAAGAAGAAAAAUAAACAUUUGUAUCAUCCUAAAUAAAUAAAUAACUUAAAAAGCCAUGAAAUUGUGUUGAGAUAAAAAGACAAAAGGAAAAUGAUUUUAAAAUAUUUAUAGUUGAAUUAUAAUCUCAAUUUAAUUGCACGUACAAUUUAUAUCAAACCCAAAACAAACAAAAAUAUCUCAAUAGCGUAUUCAUUUUCUUUUUUUGAAUAAAUAUUACAUUAAUGAUAACGGCAUAUCAUGAAAUUGUGUUAAAAAGUU